GAUCAACACUGAACGUAGGUUUUUUUCUCUCUGUUAACAAAGUUAUUCAAAUAAAAAUUCAGCAGUGAGAUCUCCUUAUUUAUGUUUUGAAACCCUAUAAAAUCAUUAAAAGCGUGAAUGUAAGAUUCUGAUCGAAUCGGAGAGCAGAAUAGUGUAAACGUUUUCUAAGACACAUAGUCUUUCAUCAAAUUCAAAUAUAUUGAAACCGGAUAUCAAAACACAAAAAUGAAACUCUGGAAACUAUGGACUACGAGUUUGCUCAUUCUUUUCUGUGAUUUAUUAACCAUAACUCAAGUUAACGGUUGCAAUAAAAUUGUUUGUGGUUCGAUUAUUUCCAAAUGCAUAUUAAUUGAAAAUUGCAAAUGUGAACCGAAAAAUUGCCCAUGUCAAAAUGAGUUUCUUAAUUGCCUUGGAGAAAGAUAUUCGAAAGAAUGCUGUAAGUGUGUGGAUUUGUGUCCAAAACCGAAUCAAACACGAAAUGCUUUAUCUAAAAAGUCCCAUGUAGAAGAAUUUAAUGGUGUUCCUGAGCUAUUUAAUGCAUUGAUAACUUCGAAGCCCGAAGAUGUCGAAUGGGACAUUGUCACAUUUCCAGUCGAUAUUGAUAUCAUUACUGCUGAUUUUGAUUUAGAUGAUAAUAUGAAGUAUUGGAACGGAGAAACAGUUGAUGAAGAAGAUAACUACAACACAGUAAACUGUAGUGUCAUCUACAUGACUUCUUGCAUGUCCUGGAAUAAAUGUCGUCAAAGUUGUCAAAGCACUGGUGCCAACAGCUAUCGAUGGUUUCAUGAUGGCUGUUGUGAAUGUGUUGGUAAAACAUCCAUUAAUUAUGGUAUUAACGAUAGUCGUUGCAGACAUUGUCCUGAGUCAAUGAAUGACGAAGACGAUAUGGGAGAAAUCGAAGGUGAUUUGGAAGUUUCCGAUGACGAAAUGCAUCUUUUCCAGUUUUUAUGAGUCUAGAAAAAUCACAUACUAGAGAACCCUUUGGAAUGGAAUUAUACAGCAAUAGAAAAUCUGAUUUCCAAAAUUCUGCAUCGCAACUUUAGUAUUUAUGUUCUACAUAAAUCCUUAUAUGUGACAGUUUAUGUAGAGGAAAAAGUAGAGAGUACGAGUUGCUUCAGCUGAAAAUCAUGCUUUUAUUUUCAAGUACACAUUAUUCUUCUAGCGCUCAAAAUAAAAAUCAUAAAAAAAAUUUCAGCUAAAAUUUGAACUGUCGGAGUACAUGAUCAAUUGUAAUUUACGCCUUGAAACAAAAAAAUUCACGAUAAAUUUUUAGUAAAAUUUUGGAACGUUUAUCACAGAUCCAAUUUAAAAAAAAAAAAAACCAAUUAAACGUUUCUAUGAAUUAUUCUAUUAAAAAUUUUAAUUUUUAUUAAUUAAUCGUUAAAGUAGUCAACAUCACUUCUGAUUCUGAUACCAAGUAGCGUAAAUAAU